AUGCCUCACUUCCCAUCUAACUCUUCCCACUCCGCGUCCACCGGGACCCCAGAGGCUGAGUACUCUGGCAUGAGCACUCCCGUCACCGAGUUCAGUCAAUUUAACUUCACCAAGAAGGUUGCUGUGGUCGGAAUGGCCUGCCGCGUCGCUGGCGGUAACAAUAACCCCGAAGAACUCUGGCAAUCUCUCCUGGAGAAGCAGGAUGCCUCCGGAGAGAUCCCCAAAAUGCGCUGGGAGCCAUACCUGCGCCGUGAUCCUCGCAACGCCAAGAUCCUCAAGGAGACCACCUCGCGUGGAUACUUCCUCGACCACCUCGAGGACUUUGACGCCCAGUUUUUCGGCAUCUCACCUAAGGAGGCUGAGCAGAUGGACCCUCAGCAGCGUCUGUCUCUUGAAGUCACCUGGGAGGCAUUGGAGAACUCUGGUAUCGCAGCCAAAUCACUCUCGGGUAGUGAUACUGCUGUCUUCUGGGGAGUGAACUCCGAUGAUUACUCCAAGUUGGUCUUGGAGGAUCUGCCUAACGUUGAGGCCUGGAUGGGUAUUGGUACGGCCUACUGUGGUGUUCCCAACCGCAUCUCGUACCAUCUCAAUCUGAUGGGUCCUAGCACUGCUGUUGAUGCCGCUUGUGCAUCCUCUCUGGUUGCUGUCCACCAUGGUGUUCAGUCUAUCGUGCUCGGUGAAUCCAAGGUUGCCAUCGUCGGUGGAGUAAAUGCCCUCUGCGGACCAGGCCUGACUCGAGUGCUUGAUAAGGCUGGUGCGGUCUCACCGGAAGGUCGAUGCUGCUCGUUCGACAAUGAUGUCAAGGGAUAUGGUCGUGGUGAAGGUGCCGCCGCCAUUGUGCUCAAGGAUUUGUCGACUGCUAUCCAGGAUGGUGAUCAUAUUAUGGCAGUGAUCAAAGGAACUGCCGUGGGACAAGAUGGUAAGACCAACGGUAUCAUGGCUCCCAACGCCAAAGCUCAGCAGCUGGUCGCACGCAACGCUCUCAAGGUCGCCAACAUUGAUCCUCUCACCGUUGGAUAUGUUGAGGCCCAUGCUACCUCGACCCCUCUGGGUGAUCCUACCGAAGUUUCGGCUAUGGCGGCUGUUUAUGGCGCUGAUCGCGAGUCCAAUGCCCCGUGCUUCAUCGGAUCUAUCAAGCCUAAUAUCGGCCAUUUGGAAGCCGGUGCCGGCGCCAUGGGCUUUAUCAAGGCUGUGAUGGCUGUUGAAAAGGGCGUUCUUGCUCCCCAGGCGAAUCUUACGACGCUGACCAAGAAGAUUGACUGGAAGCGCGCCGGCCUCAAAGUCGUCCAGGAAGAGACAAACUGGCCCUCCACGAACGAGCUCCGCCGUGCUGCUAUCUGCUCCUACGGGUACGGAGGAUCGGUUUCACACGCUAUUAUCGAGCAAUUCAUUAUCCCAGAGAGCCCUCAUCUGGAAACAGUUGCCUCCUCAUCAAGCCCUACUUUGCUGCUGCUUUCCGGUCCUCAGGAGAAGCGUCUCUCCAUUCAGGCUCUCGCUCUGGAAGAGUGGCUUCAGUCAGAGGGCUCUCAGCAAGACUUGAAGCGCGUGGCCUCGACCCUGGCAGUUCGACGCGAUCACCAUGACUACCGUGUCGGUCUCGUCGUCGACAGCCAAGAAGAUGCUAUCAAAGCUCUUACACAGCUGGCCGAGGGUGCUCAGCACGCCAAUGCCUGGACCUCACAGAACCGCGUCUUUGGGUCUGAUGUCAACAAGGAUGUUGUCUGGGUAUUUUCUGGGCAUGGAGCCCAAUGGGCCGGUAUGGGUCAGGAGCUACUGCAGAACCCCGUAUUUCUCGAGGCCAUUGAGCCUUUGGAUGCUAUUAUCCAAGCGGAGGUCAAGCUCUCCCCCAUCGCACUCCUACGAAGCGGCGAGUUCGAGGCCUCCGAUCACGUCCAGAUCCUGACAUACAUCAUGCAAAUCGGUAUCGCUGCCGUUCUAAACAGCCACGGCGUCUACCCUCAGGCUAUAAUCGGUCACUCUGUCGGUGAGAUUGCUGCUACUGUAGUAGCUGGAGCUCUUACUCCCGAGGAGGGUGCGGUUCUCAUUGCCCGCCGUUCGGUUCUGUAUCGGCAAGUUAUGGGCCAGGGCGGAAUGAUUCUUGUUAGCAAGCCCUAUGCAGAGAUGGCUGAAGAGCUUGCCAAUGACAAGGAUCUCGUCGUUGCUAUUGACUCCUCCCCUUCGUCCUGUGUCGUGGCUGGACCGACCUCAGCUGUCGCUCGAAAGGCUGCCGAGCUGAAAGAGCGCUCCAUCCAGACCUUCACCGUCCGCACUGACAUUGCCUUCCACAGCCCCGAGCUAAAUCCGCUGGUGGCUCCCUUAUUGAAAGCUCUCGAGGGUAGUCUCGAGCCCAAGAAGGCGACCAACGCGAAGCUCUAUUCUACCUCUCUCCGUGAUCCUCGUGGAAAGGACCUUCGAGACGCUACCUACUGGGUAAACAACAUGGUCAACCCCGUCCACCUCACGACCGCCGUACAGGCCGCAUUGUCAGAUUCUUACCGCAUCUUCUUGGAGGUAUCUUCGCACCCGCUAGUCUCUCACUCAAUCAACGAGACCAUCAUGGCAGAUGGUAUUGAGGACUUCAGUAUGAUCUCAACUCUGGUACGCAAGAAGCCUUGUGAGAAAAACAUCCUCCAUGCUAUCUCUCAGCUGCAUAGCCGUGGUGCCACGGUGGACUUCAAGUCAACUUUCUCUGGCCCCUGGGCCGUGGGAGUCCCCAACACCCGCUGGCUGCACAAGCCAACCUGGCGUCAGGUUGAGGCUCGUGGCGCUGGAUCCGCACAACAAACUCACGAUGUCGGAAAACACACUCUUCUUGGUCAGCGCAUUGCCAUUGCAGGAACUGAUACCGUGGUUUACACUACCCGCCUUGACAAUGACAGCAAGCCCUUCCCCGGUAGCCACCCUCUUCACGGAACCGAGAUUAUCCCUGCAGCUGGCUUGGUCAACACCUUUGUUAAGGGCACGGGGGCCAACGUCUUGAACAAUGUUGUCCUGUACGUUCCUGUCGCCAUUAACGCCCCUCGAUCAGUGCAGAUCGUUGCCCAGCGCGAGGAAGUGAAGAUAAUGUCUCGGCUGAUCUCAGAGAGCCCGAGUGACUCAGAUGACUCCUCUUGGGUCACUCACACUGUCGCUCGAUGGGAGUCCACGGCCACAACCCCAGAUUGCCGCAUCAAUAUUCAGGCCACCAAAGCCCGUAUUGGAACGCGUCUGCGAGAUGACUUCUCCAUCGACUACCUUGACAAGGUCGGAGUAUCAGCCAUGGGAUUCCCUUGGGCCAUCACGGAGCACUACGGCACCACAAAAGAGAUGCUAGCACGCGUCGAUGUUGCUCCAGAUGUGGCUACAGGCACUGAGCUGCCGUGGGAUGCUUCCUCCUGGGCCCCAAUCUUGGACGCAGCCACAUCAGUUGGCUCGACCAUUUUCUUCGACCAGCCGCGUCUGCGCAUGCCAGCCCAGAUCGAACGAGUGGACAUCUUCACCAAGGCCAACCCGCCCAAGAUCGGAUGGUUGUAUGUUCAGGAAGCCUCCGACUCUGCCCUCGCAUCCCAUGUGAGCGUUUGUGACGAGGAGGGUAACGUGGUAGCAAAGUUCACCUCGAUGUGCUUUGCCGAGAUCGAAGGUACUCCUGGAGUCAGCGGUAGCAUGGAGAGCCUCGUCCACCAGAUGGCCUGGCCUCCAGCCGUCCCAGCAGAGGAGCCUCUGCCAAUUGAUCACAUUGUGCUGAUUUCCGAGGAUGAAGAGCUCGGCGAGAAGUAUGCGGCAACAAUCCCAAAAUUCACACAAGUUAUCCGCUUCUCCAAGGCCAGUUACCUUGCCGCUCAAUGGGAUUGUCUGGCUCUCGACCAGAAGCAAACAGCCAUUGCUUACCUUCCUGGUCAGGUCGAAUCUCUGCAGGAUGUUCCGAAGGCAACAGAGGACUUCACAUGGCAGCUUCUUGAGAUCACCAAGUUCGUUAUAAACAACGCCUUGCCUAUUAAAGUCUUUGCCAUCACGUCCAGCAUCGCCGAUGGAGCAAGUCCAACAGCCCUGGCACAAGCACCACUUGUGGGUCUCAGUCGAGUCAUUGCAAGUGAGCAUGGCGAUCAAUUCGGCGGCCUCAUCGACACCGAAGCCCCGAUCUUCCCUCUGUCGACAAUGCGCUAUAUCCAAGGUGCCGAUAUCAUUCGCAUUAGCGACGGCAUGCCCCGCACAAUGCGCUUCCGUCCUAUGCCCCGUCACCUCCUCCUCCCAGCAGACAAGAAAUCCACUUCUCCAGCCCUCCUGCCCCGCCCCGAUGGCACAUACCUCAUCACCGGUGGACUGGGAGCUCUAGGCCUUGAAAUGGCAGACUUCCUAGUGAGCAAAGGCGCUCAGCGCGUGAUCCUCAUCUCCCGCCGUGCACUCCCUCCACGCCGGACCUGGUCCACCAUUAAUUCAGACAGCCCCCUCGCCCCAGCCAUUGCCAAGAUCCAAUCCCUCGAGGCUCGCGGCGCGUCCAUCCACGUCCUCGCCUUGGACAUCAGCGUUCCAACCGCAGAAAAGCGUCUUACAGAAGCACUCGACCAGCUCGCACUCCCACCAGUCCGCGGUAUCGUCCACGCAGCAGGUGUCCUCGACAACGAACUGGUAACCCAAACAACCCAAGGGGCUUUCUCACGCGUCCUAGCACCAAAGGUUACAGGUGGACUUGUCUUGAACGAAGUGUUCCCAGCAGGAACAACCGACUUCUUCGUGCUAUUCUCAUCAUGCGGCCAGCUAGUCGGUUUCACAGGCCAAAGCUCCUACGGCGCUGGCAACGCUUUCCUCGAUACCCUAGCCACACACAGACGCCAGAACGGUGACCGCCACGCCGUCGCAAUCCAGUGGACUUCGUGGCGUGGACUUGGUAUGGGCGCCAGUACUGACUUUAUCAAUGCCGAGCUGGAGAGUAAGGGUAUUACCGAUGUCUCGGCUGACGAGGCCUUCGGUGCAUGGAUGCAUCUCGCCAAAUAUGAUAUAGACCAUGCAGUCGUGCUUCGCAGUCUUGUCUUUGAUGCUGAUGAGCCACUGCCGAGUCCCGUGCUGGCUGACAUCGCUCCGCGCCGUGUACCCACCCAGUCCUCGGCUGAGGGUAACGGUUCGGAAAUUGCCUCCGGCAGCGAGAAGAUGCCCCCUGCUGGCCCGGCUCGAAAGGCAUACCUUCAUGAAGCGAUUCGCUCUUGUGUUGCUGUUGUGCUUCACCUGGCUGCUGAUGAGGUUGAUUCUAAGGCUGCUUUGGCUGACCUUGGUGUUGACUCUGUUAUGACUGUUACUUUGCGGAGACAGUUGCAGCAGUCGCUUAAGGUUAAGGUGCCACCUACUUUGACUUGGAGCCAUCCGACUGUUAGCCACUUGGUGACUUGGUUCUCCGAGAAAUUGGAAUAG